AUGAUUCCUUUUCGAGGUAGAAUCAGUAUCAGGCAACAUGUCCCUGGCAAACCUUUCCCAGACGGGUUAAAAAUGUUUGUCCUAGCUUCUCCAAGUGGAAUGGUACUCGAUUUUGAAAUUUUUCAAACUAAAGAAGCAUUGCUAUCCAUUAUUGAAAAGCUGAAUGUUAAACCUGACAGAACCCUCACAACUGGUGAAGCAGCAGUAUUAAGGUUUGUGCGCAGUGUGGAUGCUGGCACAAGUAUCUUUUUUGAUAGAUUUUUUACAAGCUCAAACUUAUUGUGUGAUCUGUAUGACAGAGGCCUUCGAGGAACAGGCACAAUAAAGAAAAACAUGGUACCUAAAGAGGCUAAGCAAAUAUUAAAGACUGAGGCAACCUUGCGCAAAGAGGGCAGAGGGGCAUCCGAUUGCCAAGUCCGAAAUGAUAACAAGGUGGCUGUGACUGCUUGGUAUGACAAAAAGUUGGUACUAAUGGCUUCCAAUGAGUUCUCUAUUGAUGACGAAGAUAUAUGCCAGCGGUGGUCUAAGGCUACCAAUACCCAUGUUGGUGUAAAGAGGCCCCGUGUGUGGACUGUUAGGGUGGUAUUGCAUGUACUUGAUGUUGUAACUGCCAACUGUUGGCUGGAAUACAGAAAGGAUAUGGAGUCAAAACCCAAACAAUAUCUAGACUUCAAAUUAAUCUUGGCAGACCAGUUAAUGUCAGGUGAUUUCUUUGACCAUGCCACUGACAGUCAGAGUAUUUCUGAUGCAAGUCUCUCUUCAGUAGACUGUAUUGAUUCAGAGACUGAGCCUCCUCUAAAGGCAGCUAAACAGGGCUUGACUCCUCUGCCAAACAGGGCUGAAAGAAAGAAAGGUGCAUCUCAUCUCCCAAUAGUCAUUGAUGGUAAGAACUCUUUCCGCAGAUGUCGCAGAGAAGGAUGUAAGAAUAGAACACGAACAUUGUGCUCUCAGUGUAAUGUAUUUCUCUGCAACUAUGCAAAGAGAAACUGCUUCCUUGAGUUUCAUGUAUAA